CAGUAUCUUCCUGUUUGACAUUACAUUGGGGGUGUAGUGAAGUCUUGAAGCAUGAAGCAUGUUAAAAAAGGAUAGUUGCAACAAAGGACAAUUUUAGGGACAUCCAUUUCUUAAAAGUUGAACUACUGUUUUGAGUGAUAAAGUGUACUCUGAAGGUGUUUUGGACUCAUUUGUUGCUUUUGUAAAGUCCAGCAUCAUCCACUCUACGAACCCUGAUGGCAAAAAAACAGAUAACGUCCUUUAUUUUCAUCAGCUCUGUGUUGGUACAUACUCACUCAGCUGAUGAAAACUACUCUGCUGUGAUGCCUCAGACAGUAACAGCUCUGACAGGCUCUUGUGUGCAGAUUCCUUGCACAUUCCACAUCUCUGAUUUUAAGGACAAACUUAACAAGGCAGAAUCUAUUUAUGGGAUCUGGCUAAAAACCACAUCAAAGUUUGCAGAAAAAGAUGGUUUUAUAGCGUUUAACAGCAGUGAAAACAUCAUUAGAGGAUUCAGUGACAUACAGAUGACUGGAAAUCUCAGAGAGAGGAACUGCACAACUGUCUUCAAUAACAUCAUGAAGAAUCAUUCAGACCUCUAUUACUUCAGACUGGAAAUGGAGCCAGUGUUCAGAGUAACAUUUAACCCCAUUAAAGAUGAUUCAAAAAAGACUGUGAGGAUCAAUGUCACAGAUUCACCACAACCUCCUGAACUUAAACCCAGUGAUCUGACAGUGAUGGAGGAAACGACAGUCAAUCUGAGCUGCUCUGCUGAAGCCCCCUGCCCAAAACAACCUCCUACAAUAUCCUGGUCUAACAUCCCUGAAUCUGCCCACAUUACAACACAGUUACAGGAGAAACCUGAUAAAACUCAGUCAGUGGUUUCAAAGCUGACCUUCAAAGUUUCAUACAAAGAUCACAGAAGGAACAUCACCUGCACUGCUACAUAUCCAAGAAAUACACCUGAUGCCUCAACUGUGGAGACUAUAGUGAUGCUACAAGUCCUGUUUCCUCCAAAAGAAACUCACAUUAUCAUUACUCCAUCUGUUGGCACUAAUGUGACUUUGACCUGCAAAAGCCGCGCCAGUCCAUCAAAUGACUUGAACUACACCUGGUAUAAACAUGGAGAGGAGACGCCUAUAGCUUGGGGAGCGAAAAUUAAUUUAACCCAAACUCAAACAAGAUCAUACCUUUGCAUUGCACAAAAUAAACAUGGAAAACAGUCAUCAGAAGAGGUCCAUCACACAGCACAGAGUGGAUUCUCUCAUCUGGUGAUAUUUGGCUGCACAGGAGGACUUUUGGCUUUUCUUCUGUUGUCUGCUGUAUUUUUCUACUGGAUGAGAACAAAGGCUUCAAGACAGGCCCAUGUUAUUGGAAGUGAUCAGGCUAUCAACAGAGACACAAUGGCUACUAACAAUGCCACUGUGAUCAGCAAUAAUGGCGAGAAGAAUGAAACUGAUGAUCUCUACUAUGGUGAAAUUGACUUCUCCAAACUCCAGACGGGCCACAAGACGAAGGAACACUCAAACAAUGUCUCAGAGACAGAGUAUUCUGAGCUUCAAGUGACACAGAGAUAGACAAAUCAGUGGUACUAAGAAAAUUGACAAAGUUCAGAAAAAGUGAUUUUUGUUCAUGUUUUGUUCACUUCAACGACUACUAAUCUUCCAUCCAAUCAGCAACCUCAGGAAACCCCCUUUUCAACAGUGAACCCCUUUACAACGCCUUCUCCAGACUCUGAUCUAAACUGGUGUAGCUGUCUAAAAUAAUUUUAACCUCAUUGAGGAACUCACUGCGAGGGUUAAUUAAGUGAUUGAUGGUUGUUCAUGUCUAUGCAAUUUCACAUAUUGCUGUAAACUUGGGACUUCACAUUUUCAUUCUCUUAAACUCAUUCUUCCCUGACGUUCUAUCUUCCUGCAACUUGUGUGAAUGUGUGAGUGUGUGUGCUUAUGUGUUAGAUUUGUUUAUGUGUCUUAGAUUUAUCUAAUAAAGCCUUAUUCAUAUUGAAAAGAGAA